AUGGAUAAUGUGAAUGAACUGUCUUCAUCCUUGAGCUUUGCCUCCUCCUCUUAUCUAUCAAAUGGGUCCAGUAGUAACCAUGUAUCUGCCUCAGCCAGUUCUCAACCUGUGCCAAGUAUUGAAAUUUAUUUGAGUCUAAACAAACUCAGUGGCAGUCUUGAGAGACUUUUACUUGAACCUGAAUAUGACUAUAAUGACGCAGAGAUUAUUGUUGAGGGCAACACAGUAGGUGUUAACCGGUGCAUAUUGGCUGCACGUAGUCAGUUUUUUCAGGAUCUUUUUAAGCAGGGAAAUGAUGAUUCGAUUAAGGAAGGUAAACCAAAGUAUCUCAUGUCUGACUUGGUUCCUAAUGGCCGGGUUGGCUAUGAAGCCUUCAAGGUUAUCUUGAACUAUUUGUACACCGGAAAGCUUCAGCCAUCACCUCGAGAAGUAUCCACAUGUGUUGACGAUCAUUGUGCCCAUGAUGCAUGUGGCCCUGCUAUUAAUUAUGCUGUGGAGUUGAUGUAUGCUUCUGCCACUUUCCAGAUGAAGGAGCUUGUUCAGCUUGUUCAGCGCCGUCUUUCAAACUUUGUUGAGAAAGCUUUUAUUGAAGACGUAAUCCCAAUUCUUGUAGUUGCCUUCCACUGCCAACUGAGUCAGCUGCUCUCACACUGCAUCCAGUGGGUAGCAAGGUCAGAUCUUGACAGUGUGGCUAUAGAGAAAGAGCUUCCUCAUGAAGUUUCAAAUGUUAUCAAAUCACUCCGUCUCAAAUCACAGGAAAAGGAUGAAUCAAGUAUGAUGGAAAUGGAACCAGUAGAGGAUAAGAGAAUCAGGAGAAUCCACAAGGCGUUAGACUCUGAUGAUGUUGAACUGGUUGAGCUUCUCCUGAAGGAAUCUGAUAUUACAUUAGAUGAUGCUUACGCACUCCACUAUGCAGUUGCAUACUGUGAUCCCAAAGUUGUUAAGGAGGUUCUUGGUCUAGGCUUGGCCACUAUCAACCUUUGCAAUGCCCGAAGACAUACUGUACUUCAUGUGGCAGCCAGACGUAAGAACCCAGCAGUUAUGGUUCCUCUUCUGAACAAGGGAGCCUCUGCCUCAGAAACUACAGCAGAUGGUCAAACUGCUGUUGCAAUUUGCCGGAGGUUGACUAGACCAAAGGAUUUUUAUGAGAACACAAAGCAGGGACAGGAAUCCAACAAAGACCGGAUGUGCAUCGAUCUUCUAGAGAGAGAGAUGCGAAGAAACUCAACGUCUGGGAAUUUGUCAAUCAGAUCAGAGGUGAUAGCUGAUGAUUUGAACGUGAGGCUGGACUAUCUUGAAAAUAGAGUGGCAUUUGCACGGUUGUUGUUUCCUGCUGAAGCCAAGGUUGCUAUGGAAAUGGCUGAUGCUCAUUCAACAUCAGUUCCCACUGGCCUUUCAGCAUCAAGAGGGUCAAGUGGGAACUUACGAGAGGUUGAUUUGAAUGAAACACCCUCUGGACGGACCAAAAGACUCCAAGCAAGAAUGCAAGCCCUCCGUAAAACAGUGGAAAUGGGCCGGCGCUUCUUCCCCCAUUGCUCAGAAGUGCUUGAUAAGUUUUUGGACGAUGAGAUGGAUAUGGCUGAUUUCAUCCUCGAAAAGGGCACUCCAGAAGAGCAGAGAAAGAAGAAGACGCGGUUCUUGGAACUUAAAGAUGAUGUACAGAAGGCAUUCUGCAAGGACAUGGCUGAAAAUAAGCGGUCAGUUUUGUCACCCUCAUCAUCAUCCUCAUCGUCUCCGAAGGAGGGGGUAACUCACAAGAUUAGGAAAAGGUGA